GAUAGUGACAUCAAUGUUGCCCAUCUCUAACCAGCGGCGUAUUUACACGUGCGUUGUUGAAUUUUAGUUUGCUUGAUUUUUAUUAAAGAAGGAUUUGAAUAUGUCGCUUUUACGCAUCAGGAAACCCAAAACCCGUAAGGGAAAGAAGGUCCUGCUGGCUAGGGAGCCGCAACUGAUUGAAUCCGCCCGCACAAUGCUGUUUUUGGACGGACGGAAAUGCGGUGGCAACGUAAAGCUGUGCAUGAAGGAUCUGCAGGCUCUGAAAAAGCCGCUCGUGAAAGUCCUAAACCGCAAAAACGACAUAACACCCUUUGACGACCCCUCUUCACUGGAGUUCUUGACUAUGAAAAACGAUGCCGCUUUGUUUUCGUUUGGUUCCACCUCAAAGAAGCGACCUGACAACAUCGUUCUGGGCAGGAUUUUUGAGAACGAGGUGCUGGACAUGUUUGAGUUGGGCAUCAAGCGGUAUCAGGCGAUUUCCGAGUUUAAGAAUGAAAAAAUUGGUGCUUGUGUAAAGCCCUGCCUUGUGUUCAAUGGACCCAAAUGGGCGCAGACCGAGGAACUGAGACGUCUUCGAAACCUGUUCAUUGACACUUUUCAGCGUGAGAAGGUAGAUUCGAUUCGUCUGCAGGGCAUCGAACAUGUUCUCAGCUUCACCGUAACGGACAAUAUGAACAUCUUGAUGAGAUCCUAUCGAAUUCUGCUUAAGAAGUCCGGUCAGAAGACGCCGCGCAUCGAACUGGAGGAGAUUGGACCUUCGGCCGAUUUUGCCAUUCGUCGCACCAAGAUUGCUAGCGAGGAUCUGUACAAGCAGUCACGCAAGCAGCCCAAACAACUUAAGGUUGGAAAGAAGAAGAACAUCAGCACGGAUGCCCUGGGCAACACGAAGGGACGCGUCCAUCUGGGCAAGCAACAGACGGGCUCCAUUCAAACGCGUCGCGUCAAGGCGCUGCGCAAAACACCCGAGGAAAAGAAGGAGAACCGCCAGCGCAAGAAGAUUGCCCUGAAAACAGCCGCCGCCGAAGCUCUGGCGGCCACGCAAUAAACAGUCUUUUUUCUAGUUAGCUUUAGUUGUAAUAAAUUGGUCCUGAUAAAAUUA